AUGUUUGUUUUUAUAGCACAGCUCAAAAAAACAGCUCAUGCUCAGUUACUAACCAGCUGUUAAAUAUUUGCAGGGUUAGUGAUGAAACCAAAACAAUGUUGGUGGUAGAUGGCUCGUUGCCCAUUGAAAAGUUCGAUCGCACCUUUUUCUACAACAUGGCAUUGAGAGAAACAUCUGAUAUCAUCAACCGAGUCUCCGUCACCCUGGAUGUGGAAACAGCGCAUGCGUGGCUCGAGGUGUCUGAGGAUCGGAAGAGGGUGAGAUGUACCGGGACCGAGAGGAGUCUCCCUGACACCGGGAAGAGGUUUACAGGCUGGUGGUGUGUGCUGGGAUCGGAGGGAUUCACAUCGGGGAGACAUUACUGGGAGGUGGAGGUGGCGGGGAGUCGGGUCUGGAGUCUGGGAGUCGCCGCAGAGUCUGUGGAGAGGAAGGGACGGGUCAUACUGACCCCGGAGACUGGAGUCUGGAGCAUCUGGCGGCAGGAUGACGAGUUUGAUGCAGAUACCGACCCUCUAUCCCCUCUCACCGCCCGUCCCAUCCCCGGGAGGGUGGGAGUUUAUCUCAGUUACGAGUCCGGGACAGUUUCAUUUUACGACGCGGACACCAAGUCCCAUCUCCACACCUUCACUGGGAAUAAAUUCACGGAGAAACUUUAUCCUUUCUUCUGGCCUUGCGAUGACAACUGGCUGAGAAACUGCUCCGGUUCCGCUCCGGGUGUAGGGAAUGUAAAUGUGGGAAGAGUGAAAUAAACAGCAACUGAAAUCAGA